AUGCAAAAAAGCAAAGUAGUAACAACAUUUAUAGAUGAUGAAGACCUCUUAAGUGAUGCUGGCUCAGGAGAUGACGGAAGUGGUCUAAAAAAUACAGCUAUAUAUCCAGACUUUUACAGAAUACAAUUCUACAUAACGUACAUAAGCAAUACAAAUGGAUUGUCCGACAGACAUAGUGAAAACUUCCGAAGGGUAUCCUCUGACAUCAAUACAGCCAUCUCAUCCUUGUACAACAAAGCAGUUCGUGUCAGUGUGUACAAAUAUGAACUUAAAGAACAAGGUGCAAUCGUUUCCUUGGAUUUGGGUACCAGAGAAAACGUGAAUGAACUAGUUAUAAAAGGUCUGCUUUCAACCCAACUGAAAACAGGAAGACUUGGAAAUUUUAGGGUCUCUGAUGAAGGAUUCUCUUUCAGGCCACUUGGUGAUACAUCCUGCCCUACGGAGGUUGGUCGUAAGCCCACACAGCUUGCAUGGACUGGUGAAAACCUUGCUCGACUGAUGGUCAAUAAUAUGUUUCCCUGUGAUGGCUAUGUUACAGGAUGGGCUUACUAUGUUUCCCGUCCCACUGAAACAUUUGCAGCCACUAUAUGGCGACCUGUUGAUGAGUUUAAAUUCUACCUACUAAGCAAGCAUCUUCUGCCAGCAACCCAGAUGGGAUACAACGAAUUCACACUUAGUAACCAUGUCAAGGUUGAGAAAGGAGAUUUCAUUGGCUUGCACUAUCCAAAAAGUGCCACAAGUGGUGCUAUCGCUGGUUCCACAAGGGAUCGUUCUGAUGUUCCUGCAGCUGAACUCUAUGAAGUCUACACUGGAGAAUUGUUUGAUGAACAAAUGUCUGUGAAUGCAGAAUUCAAUAUGAAGUGGCUCAAUUUUCAGAAAACAAGAGCAUCUUUUGCAAUCCAAGCAAAGAUGAAUUACAGUGGAAUUGCGGACACCUUCCCACCAAUAGAAGAAUGCGCAGAAAAUGAGUUCAAAUGUCGAGAUGGAACUUGUAUCCAAAAGAAUUAUUACUGCGAUCAUCAACUGGAUUGUCCUGAUGGAUCUGAUGAAGAAAAUUGUGGUGCAGGAUGCCAACCUUACGAAUUCAGAUGUCGGUCUGGAGACUGUGUUCCUUAUACUAGCUACUGUGAUAAUCUUCAAGACUGUGAAGAUGGUAGUGAUGAAGAGGAUUGUCCACUUUGUGCUGCUACUGAAUUCCGAUGUGGAGAUGGAACCUGUGUAAAUAAAAUGAAGCGUUGUGACAGCCAUGCUGAUUGUUCAGAUGCAUCUGAUGAAUAUGGAUGUGAAUCCGUACCAUGCCAGCCCGGUCAAUUUAGAUGUGAAGGGGGUCUAUGUAUUGACGAGCGCCUUAAAUGUGAUGGGGUUGUCAACUGCCCGGAUACCUCUGAUGAACUUGAUUGUCCUAAUCGCACAUGUUCUGAUGCACAUUACCGUUGUAACACUGGACAAUGUAUCCCUGUGAAUCUUGUUUGUGACAACAAACGUGACUGCCCAGAUGGCUCUGAUGAAGUGCGACAAGCUUGUGAUUUUGUUUGCAAACCUGGUGGCUUUAAAUGCAAUGAUGGAUCAUGUAUUCGUGAAGAACAGAAAUGUGAUCGCAAUCCUGACUGCAGUGAUGGUUCAGAUGAAUUAAACUGUGAUACUGUUUGCAGGCUAGGAGAAUUUCGAUGCCAGAAUGGAGACUGUAUUCCCGAAAGUAGACGAUGUGAUUCUUUUCUUGACUGCAGGGAUGCUACUGAUGAGUUCAAUUGUCGUAAGUUGAAUUAG